AUGACCCCUUCCACGCCUCCGCGCUCAGCGAGGCGACAUGACAGGCCGCGCACUCCACCAUCUCCCACGCACGGACCACUCCACCACGACUACGAGCCCUAUUCGCCGCGACGCUCGACUCGCACCAGCAACAACCCUUUCAGCUCCUCCAACAUAACCAAGCCGCUCUCGGGUAACGUUCCGCCGCUGUGUGGAAAGAAGACGACUUUCAGCUUGGGGUUUGAGCCCAGCGACUUGUUGUCGUCACCACCUACUUCUCCCGAAAGGCCGCGCCAAGCCGACGACAAUCAGAAUUCGUUCCUAUUGACGAAGACUCCACGUCGACUAGGGAAGCAGAACGCUGCCAAUCUCCACGACAACACCGACCCUUCUUCCUCAACUCACAAAACCUUUCUCCCUACUCCUUCCAAAACACCCUCCAAAACCCCAACUACAACGUCCGCACGCAAACAUAACCGCACCGCCAGCAUGCAAGAGUCUGCCCGCAUCCUGCACUUCCAGUCGGAAAACCCUGCUGACGUCAUGGCGGGCCGCCGUGGCACCCGUAAGCAUGUGCAUACUGCAAACGCCGCUGGCUUUUCUCUCGAUGAUACCGACUUUGGACGUGGCAAGAAGCGCACCAACCCCAGCUUCGAGAUCUACACCGAGUCGCACGCACGUGUACCACAAAUGGAUGUUUCUGAUGAGAACCCGUUCGUGCGGCCGCGUGCCAAUACCGUCCCGCAACGACGGACCUCCCCACGACAGUCACGCAAGAGCGCUGAGCAGAUUGAGGAAGAGCGCCUGAUGGACGAGGCUGCCGAGAGAGACGAGGGCAUCGUCUACAUGUUGUAAGUAUUCCACUACCACUCAAAUGGAUCUCCAAAGCUAACGUACCACUCAGCCGCGGCAAGAAGGUAUUCCGCAAGUUUGCCAGCGAGGUCGAUGCCAGCUCUGACUCGGAUGCUCGCGACCCCAGCGCAUCACACCGCCAGCGCGCCUUACGUCGCUCCGCUGGACCUACCGCAGAGCGCACUAUUACUCGGAGCUCAAUGCGUCCACGCCUGCUCUUUCCUCGCCACGAUCAGCCUCUUCAGUCCAGCGACGUCGACGAGGAGGCAGAGACGGAUAUCGAAAUCGCAGCACCAUCUGCCGUCACAGAAGCGCCCAAGACGUCUAAGCCGUCAGUGCCGAAUACUCCAGCCAAGGGACGUGCUGCUCACAUGUUGAGUCCGCCAAGCAGAAGCCGCGCUUCGCGGAAGACGGAUGCGGGCAAGGGGCCAAUGUACGAUAACGACGUCGAGUCGCAGAUUACUGCUCUGCCCACUCCGGCGCAGUCAUCGAAGAAGAAGGUGUCGAUUGACCCGAUCCCCGUCUACGACGAGAGAACACCAGAGCCCGAGGCAGCCAGUCCGAUGAGCGGCUAUCAAGGCGCUCCACCUACCCCAGGUCGCUCCACCCGCAAGAAGACGGCGACUUCCCAUCUUUCUCCACUCAUCGAGGACGAGCAAGAGUCAAGCUCAGCUGGUCCGCGUGAUGUCACUCCCGUUCCAUCAUCGUCCAGCAGCAAGCGCAAAGUUCCGAGUCCCUUCGAUUCCUGGCCGCGUACAAAGUCUGGUGCGAAACGCGCUGGCGAGAAGCUGGAGAGCGGCAGUACCAAGCGUACGCGCAGCAACGCUGCGACUGAGGCUGCGUGA